AUGAAGCGCCUUUUAGAGCAGUAUCAACAGGGAUCAAACAGAUCUCGGCCAAAGACGGUUGCAGAUCGGCUGCGUUCAUACCGUCUGUUUGGGAGGGGAUAUAUACCAUUGCCAGUGGGAAAUGAACAGGAUUUAGAAUCAACAGCAGAAAAUACACAGGAAUGGAUGAAGCUUUCAUAUAGUGAUCGUGUAAUAAUUUUUGUUGUUUUUAUGUUGGCAUCAAUUUUAUGCUUUGUCUUUUCUAUAUUUUUAAUGACGACGUUAUUUAAACCAAGGAAAGUACUUCUUCUGUGGACAAUUGGGAACCUAUUUUUUCUUGGAUCAUUUUCGGCUCUUCAAGGGCCUUGGACAUAUAUUAAGCAUUUGUUUUCAAUGCCACGGCUUCCAUUUACAUGUAUAUACCUAGGAAGUAUGUUUUUAACGCUAUUUUUUAUUAUAAAAUUGAAAUCGACUAUUCUUUCUAUUUUUUCCGGUGCAAUACAAUUAUUGGCUCUAUUAUGGUAUUUAAUAAGCUACUUUCCAAUGGGUUCUCAAGGACUUCGAUGGGGUUCUCAAUUUAUUAUAUCUAAAAUGAAGUCCUAUGUUAGUAUUUAA